AUGUUUCUGAGAAUAGCAUCCCAUUUCAUAAGACAACCUGUGAUAAUGAAGCAAAUGACAAGACAAUUGACCUUUCUACCAAUGGCAACAAUACUCAAUAAUCACAAAUUGUUGAUCCAUAAUUUAUCAUAGUUGCGAACUGAAUUCUUACAAAUCGAAGAGCAGAACGAUGAUGAUGACUUAUUAUAGAAAGAAGUCCCCGUACGUAGGACGAUCUCAAACUAUCUGAAUUGAUUGAUUAUUAUAGUCAUAGUGAAAUAUAUUCAAAAAUUCAAAAUA